UCCAGCAUCUCUGGAACCAAGGCAUUUAGUAAGACUUGAAGGAAUUGCACUGAAUGGCUUUUUUCUGUAAAACAAUAAUUUAUUUAUCCUAAUUUAGAAACCCAGUCUGUAUGGCAGAGGUAUGCUGGUGGAACAGUGAGCUUGACCUCUCAUGAUAGGUGGUUUACCCACAGCUGCAUAUGACUCAGAGGGUGGAAAAUUCAGUGGGUGCCUUUCACCCGCCUCAGCCUGUGUUCUCUGCUUGUUGGGUGUCUUCCUACACUGUCAAACAGUUACGUUAUUUCAGGUUGGAUAUGGAUUUAAAUCCUCUUUCAUUUCUUUGGGGAUUGUUUUGGCUGUUAGGCUGUUACAUAAAACAGAUAUCCCUGCUGCUAUUCCUGAACAAGGGUGGUUGUAGGUGCUAUAUUUGAUGCCGAACAUACCAGUUUCCUAUCUGGCUCUAGAUAACACCAGGGGCAAGCAGUGUUAAGCACUGCAGUAUCUCAGAACCAGUUUGAGCUGGCAAAACACUCAAGAAAAAACGGGGCACACAACUUGCUCUUCAGCCUUUUCUGGAUCCCUGGAGCUCAGAGCAGUUUGUACAGUUUAGUCAAGUUCCUUCUGUGUGAGAAUACCUCCUUACUUCAGAAUUCACUUCUUUGCCAUUGAGGAAUGUGAAACCUUGGGUGAAUUUUUACAUAGUGAGUGUUGAAAAUUCACUAUUCAUGUUGGUGUCCUCAGCCUGCUUGUCAGGGGUUGCAGAUUUUCUCACGUUCAGCAGAACCUUUUAGUGUAUAGCUUUGAGCAGGUAAGAGUUUCCUGCCGUGCACAGCAAGUCAGCUAAGCACACUUCAAGCGAGUGCCUCACAAAGGACCCAGGCUUUAUUGUGAAGAGCUAAGGCCAACACUUCCUCUCUCAGGGCCACAAGGAAAUUCCUGUGGACUUCUAUGGCAGUAGGAUGUGCCCUCUCACCACUGCCAGCUCGCUCCCUCUCGCUGUCUGGCUGAGGGUUUCCCAGGAAGAGCCAUCUGCUGCAUGUAACGAAAUAGGCUCUCUUAAAAGUCAGACUGUUCUGUGACCAGGCUCGCUAUGCUAAGGUCACACUCGCAAAACAACGCCGGAGCUUCUAGCCUGCUCCUCAGCUCUGCGACGACAUGCACAAAUCGAAUGUCUUUUGCCUCGCAACACAGCGUCAAACCGCAGGCCUGGCCCGCUUCUAGGACCUGAAGAGGGAGCACUCACGGGGAUUACAGACACCGAGCCGAAGUGCAAUAGCUCUGCUUUAAACAGCCCUGUGAAAUCUAACCAGGCUGACUGCUCCAGGUAUUUCUGCAAGCAAGCUUUGGAAUCUCUGUCCCUGUGAUGCCAGCCCCAGGAAUAGCCUGCAGGUGCGCGGAAUACAGUCCACACUCUACUGAACAGUACCUGGAGGCAGUUUGACAGAAUGAUCUGCUGUUCAGCUGUUGUUGGACUGGAAUCGGAUACAGACCCCAGACCACCCCAGAAUUUGCUGUUGACCUAAAUGAUGUGGGAGACUUCAGGGUGAAAUGAGCGGAACGAGAAACGUUUUGCCCAACACGAGAUUUACCUCUUUGAGGGGGAUCCCCUGUUGAUUUCACCAGGUUCCAACUCUUCAAAACCCCAGAAGUUAACUGCUUGAGAAGCUCCAAAAAGCAGAAGCAUUGUCCCCGUUCCAGAGAUCCUGCAGACGUUUGCCUAACAUGGAAGACAGCAUGGGUGUAAAAAAUGUAUUUGAAACCCAGGGAAAUGUUUCCUGCCUGAGGGAUUUGUCUGAGAAUGGUGAUGAUCUAAUUCAUUUUAACAGUAUGGUCAGUGACACUACUGGAGAGGCAGAGAAAUGUGGCUGCAGGCAGGUGCAUUCCUGCCCAGCAAGUGCAGUCACUUGUCACACAGACAGCUGCUGCCUUAGCACGGAAGGCUCUGUGUCUGGUCAGUCUCUGGCAGAUGUCCAGGCGUGCAAAAAGUCUGGGCUUGGUAAACCUUUAGCCACGAGUGCCCUGUUCAGUGAGUGGGCAGAUACUCCAGUAGUAAAUCACAGUUGUUCUGUAAAGGGCGAUUCUGAAAAUCCUGCUGCUGCUCUGGAGAGUUAUGCAGAGAUAAUUCCUAAUGUGAGUGAUGACUGUUCUGAUGAUGACCUGGAGUAUUUUGAAUGUUCAGAUGUGCUGACGGAACGUGAAAAUGAAAUCUGGCAAAAGAAAUUGCAAUUCUUAUUAGACGGUGAUGAUGAAGGUGAUCUAAAACUGGGUAAGGAUUGUGAUGGGUGUGCUUACUUCCUCAGUGAAAUGCCUUGUGUGUUCCAAGUGUCAGAUGACACUACGCCUAUGGAUACCAUCAUUGGCUUCUGUGGGCAUCACUCAACAUUCAAAGGAGUAAAUGUAAGGAGAGACCCCUCCACGUUCGGCCAAACAGCUCUGCAGGCAGAGAUGACUCUAACCGUUGGACACCACCGAGAUAAAGGUACCAGUGUGAAAGACAAAGAGAAGGGUAAAGUGCCUGGUGGAUCUGCAGCCAUUGGAAGUGACCAUCCCAGAGCUGAAGAAGGAAAUAAUGGCAGUGGCCGCUCAGCUGCAGGUUUCUCACCCGACAGAUUGAAGCACAAGGAUAACACACACGCCGAGGUGGACUCCGCUCCUGGUAGUGUAGGUGGUGCUUUGGCAAACCAGGCUCCAGAGACAAUGACGGCAAACUGCACGGACACAGACUCGCUGGGAGAAAGCUCGCUACUGCUGGAGGAAGAGGGGAGAGACUUGCCAGAAGAAAAUGCACGGCAUGCUAUCUGUACCCUAACAGAGAGUCUGAGAAGAAAUCUUUUGAAGUUCUUGAACCCCAAAGAGCUUUGCAGAUAUGUAAGUAGCAUAGGACAGUCUUUCCAGCCUGCUGCAGAGGUUAGGGACUGCAGUGCUCCGCUUCCCAGUCAGGAAGGACUAAUUUCAACAAACAUCCCUGAGGCGACAGCAGGCUUGCAGAUGCGGGCUGACUUGAGUCAUAUGGAAGAGGCAGAUAAAGGCUGUGACUGGGAAGGGAAGAGCACACAGGGCCUUCCUGAGCAAAAGCAGAUGCCAGAUGAAACCGUCUCGCCCAAGAAUCAAGGUGCCAAUCUUAAACUCUUCACCCAGAAUUGCGAGAGACUAUGUAAGGAGUCUGAAAUAGAAAAGAAAGGUAUCUUCGUGAGUGGUGAGAGUGCAAGAACCAUCCAUCCACCCUCAGAAAUGCUCUGGACUGAAAAGGCCUUACAAGCAAAACAUGGAGCUGUACAGACCGGUUCUCAGCACCAAGCUCCUUGUGAUAAGGGAGAAGGUUGUCACCCAGAAGUCUUCUGUGCACGAGAAAUUGACAUUAUUUGUAAAGCUAAUCUCAAGUCAGUCCUGGAAUCUGGAGAACCUGGGUGCAAAGGAGACGCUGAUGUAUCUGCAGUGCAUGACAAGCUGUGGAAACUUCUUCAUGAAGAUGAGUCUGACUGCCAAAUCCCAUUUGCAACCCAGGGCAUCACGAGUUUAAAUAUUAGGGUGACAGCUAUUGGAGCCACAGAGCUGAACCUUGCGCAGGAGACCUGCUCUGGUUAUCCUCUGCCAAUGAAUGUGAUGGAACAUCAAGAACCUGUUGGUCAAGGACAAAGCCGCAGCACUACGAUGCAGCCAGCAACAACAUGGAGAAUGGAGAAAGAAGACUGCGACGUUUCUAGUAUCCCGCUUAAAGCAGAUGAAGCGUGUAACUGUGUAUCCGUAGGAAACAUUUGUCUUGCACAAGUGAUUGGAACAGAUGGUGUAUGUCUGGAUUCUAGCACUAGAAGUAAAAUGGAAACACCAUCCGUUUGUGUUUCAGCAGACAGUAUCGCCUUAAACACAGGGAAGCACGUGGAACCGAAGCCCAAUGAAACACUAACUGACAGUAAUGAGUCCACUCAAACGGCUUUUCCUUGGGAAGGAAGGCUUGCCACUAGUAAUGCUUCACAAACAUGGGAGGCAGGUUCUCCCCAAAGAUUAAAAAGUUCUCAGGGCAGUAAUUUAGUUUGUGACAAUGAGAAGCCUACUUACGUGUCAGAUGGGUCACGUGGGCCAACUGGACAAUUGUUUCACACUGAGUACCGCAUAUCCUUGGUAAAUGAGCCUAGAACUGGGCAAGGGUGUCAUAUUAGAGCCUAUCGUCCAGCACCAAAAGACCUGGUUCAUUGCCCUGAAGAGAAAGAUGUUUUCCCCAGUGAAAAUACCAACCAGUUUGCACAUGAAGAGCACUCUCCUGCUAGCACUAUACCUAAAAGUUCUGAUGGGAAUUUACAAACAGGCAAUCACUCAGACUUGAAUGCACAAACCAAGAGUAAUCUUGACAGUUGCCAUCUUUCAAAAAGUCAUGGCUGUCAGGAAUUUCAAGUUGUUUCUAAUGCACAGAAAUACGGUAAUGUUAUGCAACUGCCUGAUUUAAUUAGGACUGCCAAAACCAUAACACAUAAGAAUGUGCCCCAAAAUACAGACCAACUGACAGAAAUAGAAAAACAAGAGGUGCUCACUCCCUCCUCCGACUAUCCAUUGUUAAGAGAUCUCGAUGUAGAAGUGCCCAGAUAUGAACCACGUAACUCAGGAAAAGGACAGAGAGAGAUUUGUGUAGUUGAGGCUUCCUGUGAGUCAGGAGUUAGUCAUGUUUCAAAGAGCCAGGCUGCCGUUUUCCCUCAGAACACAGCAGAACAACCUGGAUUUUUUGUGGCCAGUGCCUUCAAGUCUGCUGAAGAGAUAAAAACAGAUUCUUCCAAAAAUCAGACACGUAGUUCUUUGAGUGUGACAUCAGUGGGUGCCCCGCUGGAUGGAAAGGCUCAAUGUGAGUGCCACAGCGUGGCAGACGGGGCAUGUAGAGAUAGCAGUGAUGGGUUAGGUAGCCAACAGCUGACUGCAAGAGAAACGUUGCUGCUUGCCACACCUGUGAGCCAACCAGAGGGUCUUUGUACCCGUGUGUCCAUAGUGGGGUGUCCUGGUGCAGGAAACCAGGUGAAAAGAGAGCCCACAGAAACUGCAGUCAGAGCGAAUGGAAGUGUGAGUGUACGGGGAGCAUCGCAGGAUCACCUCCAGAGGGAGCCCAAAGAAAACAAGGAGGGAGCAAUCUUGUGUGAAAACACACUAGAGGUUCAAAGAGCUGUUGAGUGUAACCCAUGUGAAGCUGAAGUGAAGUCUCCUUCUCGCAGUUUAAUUUUCUCCAAGGCUCAGAGACAGACCGGGAAUAUUGGCAGUCAGCAGCCCUGUCCUGACUGGAUCUCUCCUGGCAAGCUGGCUGGAGGAGAUCAUUCCAUUCAGUCUCCUGCGUCUGGUAAAGAGGAAGAAGCCAUGGCAUCAGAGAGUGCAGUAAGAGGUUCAGUUCAUUUGCCACCAGUCAAUUCAGGGAAUAACCAGUAUUUUCGAGAGCAGCGACCCUGCAGCAGAACUCAGCCAUUCUCCUCAGCAUCACCCACAUAUGAUCCAUUCCCAGUCCAUGAGGAAAGUCUAAGAAAUCCAGAAGGACUAAAAUCCUAUCAGACAUUGCCAACUGCUGCUGAGCCUGAGCACAGCAAGUGUAGACAAGAGACAGCAAAGAGUGGGCAUCUGGCUGCUGGAGCUAAGAAGAAAUUACCGCCAGCAACACUGUCCAAAAAGCCCCGUCUGGAGGAGAGGGGAACUGUUGGGAAGGAUCCCAGCUGUGGUAAAAGGUCUGUGAAGAGUGAGGCGGGUGUGAUUCAUAAAGAGGAUAGAAAAGAGCAAAGGAGACUAAUUGUGAAAAACGAGAGCAAAGCUCCCAAGCUGCUGAAGAAAAUUCAAGCGGAGUUGUUCCCUGACUGCUCUGGAAAUAUUAUGCUGUGCUGCCAGUUUGGUGACAUUCAUGGUGACUCCACCAUUACAUGGACGAAAGAUUCCAAGUUACUCGCCCAGCUGCAGAGGAGUGCCCAGGACGACUCUCCCGUCUCUUUGGCCAUAGCUAAAGCCAGUAACAAAGACCAGGGAAUGUAUUAUUGCUGCUUGCACAAUGCGUACGGCAAGGUCACUGCAGAGUUCAAUCUGACUUCACAAGUGCUGGAACAUCUCUCAAGCUCUCAGAAUUGUGAAGGUGUGGAGGAAAUUGAAUUCAUGCAGCUCAUGUUCAGAGAGGAUUUCAUCAGCGACAGCUAUUUUGGUGGGAACCUGCACGGACUAAUAGCGACAGAAGAGCUUCAUUUUGGUGAAGGCAUGCACCGGAAAGCCUUCCGGAGUAAGGUGAUGCGGGGCCUCGUGCCAGUGUUCGGUCCUGGCCACUCCUGCGUUCUCAAAGUGCACAAUGCUAUCUUGUACGGGACCAAGAGCAAGGAUGACCUAGUGCAGAAGAACUACAAGCUGGCCCUCCAGGAAUGCUAUGUCCAAAAUACUGCGAGAGAAUAUGCCAAGGUCUAUGCAGCUGAAGCUGAGCUCUUGGAAGGCUUUGGGGAAGUACCAGAGAUCAUUCCUAUUUUUCUUGUUCAUCGCCCUGCCAAUAACAUCCCCUAUGCAACAGUGGAGGAGGAGCUGGUCGGGGAGUUUGUGAAGUACUCCGUCAGGGAUGGCAAGGAAGUGAAUUUCCUGAGGAGAGACUCAGAGGCUGGCCAGAAGUGUUGCACCUUCCAGCACUGGGUAUAUGAGAAGACCAGUGGGAGCUUGCUUGUCACUGACCUGCAAGGUGUCGGAAUGAAGUUAACUGACGUUGGCAUAGCAACUCUGGCCAAAGGAUACAAAGGUUUUAAAGGCAACUGCUCGAUUUCCUUCAUCGAGCAGUUCAGAGCCCUCCACCAGUGCAAUCGGUACUGUGAGAUGCUGGGGCUGAAAUCUCUCCGAAGCACUCAUCAGAAACAGAGGAAAGCAGCCUCCAUGAAAAGCAAAAACCUACCAAACUCAUCGACUGUAAAGAAAACACUGCCCAAGAAAGUGAGAGAACCUAGAGACUUCAUUCCUUCAGAGCACUGAGUUCACUGUCCCAUCUCGUGGAGACUCCUCUAGAGGAUACGUCGCAGUGAUGGACACCAGUGACCUGGUGGCGGAUAACUCCAGCCUUUUGCCUUAUGUCGUCGUUCUGAAGUCAUCCUGAUGCAGAUGCUGCCAACAAAGAUGGGAGCUGAUUCCAAUGGUCUUGAUACCUGAGGUUUUACUCUAGGGCAAGGUUUUGAAGACAAACCAAGCCUCAUUGUGUGGCCCUUCGGUGUAUUAGUGUUUGCACUUGUGGAGUCUCACACAUGGGGGGCACCUCCAGUUGGUGGGAGCCUCUUCCCCUCUGUAUGUCUGUGACCCCAUGGGCUCAGCUGCUGCAUACACAUCAACAUGUUUAAGGUGCCAUUCUAACAGUUUUGCACAGUGUUGUUGCUCAAGCUGCUGUAGAAAAAUUGUUUUCUUUCCUAGACUUUUGCAUAUUGUAAUCCUACUGUAAUCCUAUUUUCUGGUAAUUAAUCCUAUAUUCUAUAUCUAUAAUCCUAUACUCCUGUCAUUUUUUCUCCCACUUACAUGUCUUUUAAUGCAAGGCAAAGCCAUUCACGACUGGGUAUAUCUGUCUUCUGCCCCACCCCAGUUAGCCAGCAAAGUGAUAUCCUCAGGUUAAGGAUGGGCAGCUUGUUUGAUUCACCAUGGAAUUCCUUGCUUUCCAUGCAAGCUUCCUUGAAACUGCAGUGGACCCCAUGGCAUGGUACUGCUGUGCUUGCACUUGUUCUGUUGUAGGAUGGAGGUUUGGAGCCUGUGUGUUGCCAAACACUGGCACCCAAAAUAAGCCAUCGGAUGUGGAGGGAUGCUAGUAGGAAAGCCUGGCAAUGCUCUAGUUUAAAGCAGUCAUUUUCAGUAGCAGAACAAAAGCUCCAGUUCUAAUAAUGUCACACGAUCCUGUUCAAAUUCAGUUGUUGCCCUUGGGUUCAGCUACAAGCGCAAUUACACUGAAUUAAUUAUACAUUAAUAGCUCCCAAAGCAGAAAAUGCCUGACUGGUUGACUCAGGUUAAAGCCACCUCGACAAGUGCUAAAGCCUUGCCCUAUUGUAGCUCUCAGAGGCUCUUGGUGUAACGAAGGGGAGCAGAGAACUGAGUCUGUGCCUCUCCUUUGUCUCCUCUUGCCCCAUCCUCCUUCCCGCUCUGAACUGCCUGUUGUGCCCCGAGUCUGCCAGGAGGAGCUCUGUGCCAGCAACACCUUGUCUGGGCCAGCCCUGCUCAGCUAGCCUCAGUUCCUUACAGGGGUCUCUGAGUCAUGAUGGAAAUAUUAAAAUGUAGAUACCCUGACAGAGACACAGCGAGAACUUUGCGUGCAUGUCAGAAACUGAUGAGAAGCGGUGAGCAACAGCCUGUUUGUCUGCCCAUGCCUGAAGUUUCAUGUCGGAUACUUUUAGUUGCUAGUAGUCGCUGUUCUUUGUGGACUGUAACCAGCCACUCUACCCACCCCGGCCUUGCUGUUAGAGAUAAUGCGUAUGUGCCCUGUGGCAGGAAGUAUUUCCUGCCCUUCUGAAAGCGAUGAGUGCAUCUCAACUCCACGUUGUACAAAGGUCUGGGCCAAGCAGUCAGACUGGGAAAAGGAAGUGUGGUCCUGUUUAUGUUGGCUGGCUUAAAUCGCAGGAGAAGGAUUCACCUGGUAGAACCAGGGGUUACCUUGGUGUUCCUGUGUGUCAGGGUUUAACCCCAGCUGGCAUCUAUGCACCACCCAGCCACUCACUGCCUUGGUGGGAUGGGGAAGAGAAUGGGAGGGGUAAAGGUGAGGGAACUUGUGGGCUGGGAUAAUGACAUUUUAAUGGGGAAAGCAGAAGCUGCGCACGCAAGCAGUGUUCUUGCUGGGCUCUUGAUUUAAUGGCGUGUUGAGAUGGAUGGGAGAAACGGCUCCAUUUUACAGUGCUUUGAUCUGAGACAAAAGUGCUUUUUUCCUUUUACAUAAGGGAACCAGAGCAUGGAGUUUGUGAACAAAUGAAAUAAAUGUGUGUUGUAAUCUCAGCAGAGACAGCAGCAGAGCAGAAAGUGGAAUCCGUUUUUUAGAGGAGCCCUAGGAGGUUAAUUGUUGCUGCUAGCAGUUGUGUUAUGAUGUUAAUGAAUAUCCUUAGGCACCCCCAAAAUGAAUGGAUUGUGCUGUGUCCUGACAGCAGUUUUAAGAUGUUCUGCUCUUCACAGGACACCACUGUAGUUCGGGCUGAAGCACUGAUGCUUUGUGAUUUACAUGCUACAACGCACACAGUGUUAAACACUCCAGAGCUUCUGCAGGAUCCUUCUUCUUCAGAGGCCAUUAUUCACAUGAAUGGCUUCUCAGGCCUGGAUUUGGGAGGGGUGUGUCCCUAUAGACAGACUGAUUGUUUUACCUGUUCUUUCACAGUUUUUGAGAGCUCCAGCGGUAAUCUUGUUCGAAGCACCAAAGGCAAUUCCGUGUCAAAGUCCAUAUCCUCCAAAUAUUGGGCACAGAACUCUCUUUUUCCACAAAUUGUCUGUGAUCCUUUUAUG